GUGUGAAGUAGGGAUUGGGAGGGGUAACAGGCGGGCGCCAUUGAACUUCGUUCCGUGUCUACAAUUCUACAUACCGGUAUCCUUUACAACCAAAGCGUAAUAAAAAAUAAACUACUGGCAUAUUUUUCAUCACAAACGGCUAAUGUUGAGUAAACUUUGCUGUGAUUUAAGUGAGACAUCUAAUAUAAAAUGGAUUAUUCAGAUAUUUUACAAGAAUUUGAAGAAGAAGAGAUCAUUUAUGAAAAACCAACGAAUUUUGCGGAAUGUUUCAAUUUUCCUAUAGUAUACACAAAAAGACUAGAUGAUAUGAAAAUAUUGAGAGACCUAAAUCUUGAUGCCUUAUCAAUUAAAGAUAUAACAACGAGGAUAGUUGAAGAAAGUAAACCUACACUUGUACAUUUUCCCAAACGACCAUCUAGAAAAUAUAAAAAUAAAAUUUCGAAAUCAGUGAAAUGGACGGAAUUGGAACCUUACACUCUUUAUGAAUUGUCGUCAGAUGCUGAGGACAUACCGUUAGCUGAAAUAAGAAAUAAAAGCAAGCAUUUCCAAAAUCAGUGCAAAAAGUUAGAGGUUAAUGUUGAAAAUAAUUUUAAUAAUGUCCAACUUUCUUCACCUGAUGAAGAUUCUGUUGAUCAAUCUCAUAUACGUACUAUUUUCUUAAACGGUAAUGAUGAUACAACUGAUUUCAUGCUAGAUGAGGUUGUUAUAGAAGUGCCCCAUACACAGACGCCAAAGGCUUUAUUUUUUAGUCAAAUACAACCAAUAAGUCAUAGUGCCAAUACAAAUUCUACUGUAUAUAAAAUAUCUAAUAGUUAUCUCAUUCUGACGUAUAUGUAUGCAGAUUACAAAGAUAUCUAUUAUAUAGAUGAUCAUGACGUUAUAACAGAACAUUACCGGGUAAAGGACACAGUUACAAAUGAUUAUUUUAUUGAUGCCUCGAAAUAUACAUGUACCAUUGAAAUUAGUAAUUGCUGUUGGUACAAACGCGAGGAAAAGAUACGCCAAUUGUUUACGAUUGCUAAAAAUAAAUCGAUGUCAAAAUUCAUGAGUGAAAAACAUCCUUGUAUUCCAAAAGAAUGUGUUUGUUGUUGCAAAGUUAAAACGGAGUGUAAUAAAAGUCAUGUCUUAGAAGCGUCGUCUUUACUAAGAAUGCAUAAUAAAACAGAUACGCGCAUAGGUAAUUUGGCUUCAUCUGGUGGAUUGGACAUAAGGAAAUGGUUCUAUUUAAAAAAUAGUACUAGGAGAAGAAGGUGUAUUAUAAAAACGGCCAUAUUAUACGAACCUAAAUUACCAAAACGAUCAAUAUAUAUCAAAGUAAAAAAAAACUACCGCCAAUUUACCACUAUACAUACUUUACGGAAAUACACCGGUAAUGUCGAAUACUAUUACCUGAAUGAAAGUGGAGAGAUACAGACAUAUAUAUCGGUAUGUAAUGGCUCAAUAUCAGACGUAUAUCUUCCAAUAGAAUCAAGAAUGCUAGAGAAAUCUUUAUAUCGCUGCAAGACAACGGCAUGUUGCUGGUAUAAAUAUAAGCAAUGUUUAUUACAAUUAGCUAGUUCUGUCUUACCAAGUGUUAUAAAUUUCUUAAAGAAGCGGCACUCAUGCGAUCUCAUGUGCACAUGUUGUUGCAAAUCCAUCUUUAAUGUUCGUGCUAAAAAAGGUAAAUGUGCUCCCACUUUAAAUUAUUAUUUUAAUAUAAAACACACGAAUGGAAAUACAGUUAAAAUCAUACAAUCAGUCAAGAGUCAACACAAUAACACAAUACACCAAGAGGCACAAUCUACAUUUAAAAAGGCCGAAACAAACUCAAAUUAUAUAGAUCUAACUGAACCAAAUAUAGAAAGAUCAAGUAAUCAAUACACUGAUAUUUAUGAAACAUUUAAAAACCUGCAGCUAUAUGUUCAACAAGGAGAUGUGACGGCAAUAACAAAUACACCACCUGACGAGUUAUCAACUAGGAAUCUAAAAAUUCUCGCAAUGAUUAUUCGUAAUGCUCAGAAGCAAGUAAAACAACUCGGAUUUACUGGGGGCACAGCAGCAGUAAAUAACAUAUUCCAUAAAAAUUCUAUUACAAUUACUCAUGAUAAUAAAAUCUUAAAUAACAAAAUUUCAUCAAUCGCGAACAAUACAUAUUCAAGAAGCACUACUUUUUUCCAUAAAAAUAAAGAUCGUCUCCCUGUACGCUCUAAUUCAAUUAAAAAUCAAUAUCGUUAUUACACUGCAAUAAUGGGUCAUAAAUCUGAACAAUACCAGAAUUCAUUUAUGGCUCUUAAAAUGAAAUGUAAUAAUUCGUUGCUACAAUCAAUUUUCCAAAAAUUUACGCCUACGGCUAAUAACUCGACUCCCUAUACCAAAACUGUUGAAGAAGUUGAAACUGACCUUGGUACUAGAGCAACAGGAAUAAAACGAAAAUCACAGCAAGACAUAUCGGACAACUAAAUACCGACAACAAAGCAGAAAAAAGUGAAGGAAGUUGCAUAAAAAUUAGGGCAUAUGGUUACAGCAUCGAGUGGUGUUAACGCACAGUAAAUAUUAAAACUUGUUCAAAGUUGAAGCGUUUUAAAUACAAUGUAUUUACAACCGCCUAUUUUACAGAAUACAAGCAUGGUUACACAGACACCAGCAAUAGUUCUGAUCAGAUAACAAAUAUACCGCCACUGCAGCCACAUUUUAUAAACAUUUUAGGUACAUCUUUAACCAUAAUGCUACCUGCUUCUAACGAUAUUAAUAAUCAAUAUAUUGUUGACCUGGUAUGGUGACUGGUGCAAGAAAUGAUCAGCCCUUUACAGCAUCAACAACAGAACAAUCUGUACAAUUUCUAUUUGCUUCUAAUGAGCUUCCU